AUGAGCAAUUCAUCCGGACUAGAUCGCUCACGUCGGCGACACCGCUGGUUUGCUCUGGUCGCAUUACUAAUUGCCGUGGCUUCUUCGUUGAUUCUGACCGAAGCCACGCUGAGAAUUCUGUCUUAUGAUCCUCUCACGCACGAAGAAGUAACGAUAGAGAUCGAGAAACUUGGUACGACAGGCACCGGCGACGAGACAGGCGGUCACGCCCUAGCAGCAGAUAUGGAGCUCAUGCGUCCCGACUCCAUCUUGGGGUACACGCAUCGCCCAGGAGAGUAUCAAGUCGAAUUGAAGGACGGUUAUUCCUUCAGGAUGACCCAUGACAAGGAUGCUUUAAGAAUUACUCACCCUCAAUCGGAAGACGAUCUAUUUGAUGAUCUGCCGUCCAUCUGGAUAUUCGGUUGCUCUUUUACCCAUGGAUGGUCGGUCGACGAUGAGGACACGUUUGCCUGGAAGCUCCAAGAAAGAUUCUCCAGCUACAACAUUGUAAACUUCGGCGUCAGUGGCUACGGGCAAGUUCACGCAUUACUUCAAUUCCAAGAGGCCCUGAAGACUCGGCUACCACCGCAACUGGUUAUUUUAACUUACGCGCACUUCCACGAUGAACGAAACACAUUUGGGCGUGCGUACCGAAGAGCCACGGUAAUGAACAUGGCUCCUCAGAUGCGUGGCACUCCAUUUCCCUAUGCAAAGCUCGCAAAGGCCAACUCUGCAACUGUUGAGCGGCGGCCCGCGGCUUAUUUUGGUCUGCCAAUCUUUAGGAACUCCGCAUUGGCCACCUUUGUCGACGCCGCAUUUGAUGGCCUCGACGAUCGCUACACUCGUAGUCACGAUGUUUCUCAGGCCCUGGUGUUGGAGUUCAGUCGUAUUUGCAAUCAGCAUGGCAUCGAGCUUGUGGUUGCCGGUCUCACGCAAGAACCCGCCACAUGGAACAUGAUGGCGUUCUGCCUUCGACACGGGAUACGCCGGGUAGACAUCUCCUUCGACUAUGAAAACCCCGACUACAUGAACUUACCACACGACGAAACCCAUCCUUCGCCGGCCGGCCAUCUGAUUUAUGCCGGGCGACUCGCAGCUUUUUUGGAGAAUGAAGGUCUCGUCAAGCCUGCUCCUGCAACAGCUGCAACCAACGAUGGUCCGACGAAGCAGCGAUCGAUGUCUCGCGAUUCCAACAAGAGCAACAUCAGAGCAGCGAAAUUCUCAAGUCACUCUCGAAAUGCUUUUCUUUGGAGCGUCGUCUUCGUUGCGGUCUUCGUAUCUCUUCUAGCCUGGCGACAUGAGUACCUAGACUCACCACCGUAUUGGGACGCUGCCACUGGCCUCUGGAGUGAGGCCCUCAAGCCUUUCCUGGUGUUUUGCACCCUACUUGUCAUCGCAGCCUUGCUGAAUUGUUGGUCGACCCCCACCGCAUGGCAAGAAAGCCCAACACGGUACACCAUCGCCAUGGGAGGCUGGGACUACGUUGCACGCUUUUGGGCUCCGGAUGCCGUCCUCUCAAUACUACUCUCCCUCGCUGUGGGUCUCUUGUUGUUUAGAGAGCAUGGUGAAUACGCACCGAAUGAUGCGAGAUCCUGGUCUUUGGCUUUUGCCCAGCUUUCGUGGUGUGUACUUGCAGCAAGUGUGGUUUGGGGAUCAUUCCACGAACUGAUGCCGCCCGACUUGACGCUCUCCGUGGCAUUGAUGGCAAUCGUUUUUGGUGCUGCGGCCUUAGCUUCUGGCCCCCUAAAGGUGCCAGCCGCUGUCCUAGCGGUAGGAUUCUUAGUAUUCCAGAUCUCAAACCAGCAUGGUCGCUUUUAUCCCGAUCCAUCGAUUCUGCACGGGCCAGAGUUCGCCCGCACCGGAAGUGCCCUCCUACGCAGCCUUGAGUACCGGAUCGACCAUCGAGCGAACAUCGAAGCGGUGAAAAGUAUCGUCGAGAAGGGGAACGGGAGACCAGUAAUCUCCGGCGCGCCCCUGACCUACUUUCUUUCGAUUCCGCGGUUGGGGUAUGUGGAGAAACCGGUUCAAGGAUACUGCCUGCAACCUGUGGUCCAAGCAUCACCAAGCAUGGUACUCGUGAAUUCGGCACUAGUAUCUUGGCCCGAAGAUCCAGUCUACCUAUUGUCGGCCAAUCUUUACUUUUACGAUUCACCCUCGGUGUUGCUUACAGGACCUACAGAAAACGACACCGUCAUUUAUCGAGAUGGUGAGUCAUCGCCACUGAUCGCUUACCACCCCAUGAACCACGAGUCGCCUGAAGAAACUCUAAGCUGGGUCCUCGAUCGAUUUUCUCUGUACGCAUCUGUUUACCACCGCGCAUUGUCGCGGGCGAUCAUUUAUGAGCAUCGGGGCGAACUCGAUAAAGCACUUGAAAUUCUAGAAGAGGAACUAAAUCAUUCGCCUGCGAACAGCGAAGUGAGAGUUGCCCUUGCUAAGCUUCUUCUCAAGCAAGGCGAUGUUGAACGUGCCGAGGAAGAGCUGGCCCUAACUUUACAGCAUAAUCCGCAGCACGUUGAAGCCACAGUGCAGAUGGGCUUGUUGCGUUUGAAGCAAGAACAGUUGGAGCAAGCGGCGGAGUUGUUCGAGCGUGCUAUCGAAGAAUCACCCGGUCGAGCCGAUGUGCAUGAGUACCUGGCGGCUACGAUCACGCGACAAGGGCGUUUCGAAGAUGCCAUAAAGCAUCUCACGCUUGCUCUCAAGUUGGAGCCUGCCAAUCCAGACACACAUUUCAAUUUGGGAAUCUUGAAUGCCCAGAUUGGCAAGAAAGCUAUCGCGAUUGAGCACUUUCGCGAAGCCCUGCGAUUACGUCCAGACUUCCCAGCGGCACAACAAGCGUUGAGCCAACUGGGAGAAAACACACUGUUGACCUGCGAGGGGUUGAUCGAGCGGUAUGGGGACGAUGUACUGCUGGUCACGGGACCGGCUGUGGGUCCAGAGGGGAGCUUGAUGGAGCGGGCCGAAUCGCGCGGUGUGCCGAUCGAACUGGUUCCCUCUCUCCGACGUGCGAUUCAUCCAUGGCACGACGCAGUGGCCCUGAGGCAACUCAAACGCGUGCUGCGGGAGUUCAAGCCCGAUGUGGUGCAUACCCAUAGCGCGAAGGCGGGCAUUUUAGGAAGGGCAGCAGCCACGGCGCUGGAUGUACCGGCAGUUGUUCACACCGUGCACGGGGCGCCGUUCUAUCCGUACCAGGGCAGGGCGGUGCGACUGUUCUAUCAGGCCUGCGAACACUGGGCGGCCAAGAGGUGCCAUGCGUUGAUUAGCGUGGCCGACGCCAUGACCAACUUGAUGGUCGAAGCGGGCGUCGCCCCGGCCGAUAAGUUCACCACCAUCUACAGCGGGAUGGAUGUCGAACCUUUUCUGGCCGCAGAAAAACAUCGAGGGUCCGCACGUGCGGCGUUGGGGUACGAAGAUCACCACGUGGUGAUUGGCAAGGUCGCCCGAUUGUUUCACCUCAAAGGGCAUGAAUACGUCAUUCAAGCUGCCCGAAGUGUGAUCGACCGGCACCCCAACGCCCGCUUUCUUUUUGUCGGCGAUGGAAUUCUACGAGAGAACCUUCAACGCCAAAUCGAGAGCAGGGGACUGACCGACUACUUCCAAUUUACGGGCCUCGUCCCCCCGGGGCGAAUCCCGGAGUUGAUCUCUGCGAUGGACAUCGUCGUUCAUGCCAGUCUCCGCGAAGGAUUGGCUAGAGUGCUUCCCCAAGCAAUGAUCUCCGGCGUGCCGGUCGUCAGUUACGACGUUGACGGCGCCCGCGAGGUGGUUCUGCCCAGUGAGACAGGGUUCUUAUUGCCAGCGAAGGCGAUCGAUGAGAUGGCCGAAGCACUAGAUGAAUUAAUCUCCGACCCUCAGCUACGACGCACACUAGGCCAAGAAGGCCGCCGUCGAUGGACCGAGGUGUUUCGUCACGAGCACAUGACGGAUGAGAUCCGGAAGUUGUAUGAGCACGUGCUGGAGGCAGAACGCUUCGGCUGCUUGAGAAAGAGGGAAGCGGUGAGUAAUCAACGGGGAAACGUCGAGGCGGCCUUGGGUGAUCAUGUCCAGGGCCAGCGGCAGAUCGCGCUGCACGUCGGGGUGCACCGAAGAAAUAAAGCGAAUGUUCUGGCGGAACAUUUUCCACACCGGCAGCGAACACUCUUCUGCAUCGGGCACACCGAACAUCAACACGGUGCCGUGCUUCUUGCACAAGUCAACCGCCAAAUGGAUAGGGGCGACAUCGUGUCCUACCGCUUCGACAACAAUAUCGACUCCUUCACCAUCGGUUAG